UUAUAAAUAUAAAUAAAAUGACUGAAGAAGAAACUGAUGAAUAUCCAGAUGUAGAAGAUUUACAAGUUGAAUCAAUUAUUGCAUUUAAUGGCGAUACGGUAAAUGCAUGUCGAAUACAUCCUGAUGGUGAUCAUAUCAUAUUUCCAAUUGGCAAUAAAGUAUCAAUAUUAAAUUGGUGGACAAAAAAACAAGAAUUUUUAGCAGGCCAUACGAAUAUUAUAUCAGCAAUUGAUUUAUCAGCAAAUGGUAAAUUUAUUGCAUCUGGUCAAAUAAACCAUAUUGGAUUUCGGGCAUCUGUUAUAAUUUGGGACUACGAGACUCGUACACAGUAUUGUAAGCAUGAAAUACAUAAAGUACGUGUGGAAGUUGUAUCAUUCUCGACAACUGCACGAUUUUUGAUAUCACUGGGUGGCCGUGAUUGUGGAAGUGUUGUUGUCUAUGAUAUAGAAGAUAAAAAUCCAUUGUGCGGUGCAACAGCAAGUCCGGAUUCAGCCGGUGAAACGACUGUUUUAGCAUCUACAAAUAGACGUGAUGAAUGCUUUAUCACUGGAGGAUAUAAUACAUUACGAGUGUGGACAAUCGAUGACAAUGCUCGUGCGUUACAAAAAAUGGAUGUUAUAAUGGGCAAAAUUAAACGAAACAUAACUUCGAUAGCAGUUGAUCAUCGCGAUGAGUAUGCGUAUUGUGGAACAAGUACUGGAGAUAUCAUUAAGGUAAAAUUAAAUUACCAUUCUGAUGCUGGAAUAUUGACACCAAUUAAAACGCCAAAUAUGAUUGGUUGUUUUGGUAAAAUCGAUCCGCGUCCAAAACGAAAUGGCGAAUCAAAAGUUAUGUGUUAUAGUAAAGGUGUUCGUGUUAUUCAUUUAUUAUUCGAUGGACGGUUUAUAAUUGGAGCAGGUGAUGGUGAAAUUGAUUUGGUUGAAGUACUUAGAGAAACACAAUGCCCAAAGGAAAAAUGUACGCCACCAAUAUGCCAGCCAUGUCUCCCUCGAUUGUCAUCUCAACAAAAAACUCGUGUUGGAUCAUCUGUUUCAUCAAUACAAAUGAAAGAUAAGAAUACAAUAUUUGUGAGCACAACACAAUCGGAGAUAUUUUCUAUAAACUUAAAUGAUUUUAAAGAUAUUAAAUUAUUAGUUACAUGCCACACGUCUGCGAUUUAUGAUAUUGUUUUUCCCGAAAAUUUCUCGGAAGUAUUUGCAACAGCUAGUAAAGACGAUGUUCGUGUAUGGAGUUUACGAACUAAGCAAGAAUUAUUACGGAUUAAAGUACCAAAUUUUACAUGUUCAAGUGUUAAAUUUUCAUUUGAUGGAAAAAUGAUAUUAACUGGAUGGAAUGAUGGAAUAAUUCGAGGAUUUACACCUUUAACUGGCAAAUUAAUGUUUGCUAUUCUUAACGCACAUUGUAAAGGUUGUUCUGCUUUAUCUGUAACAUCGGAUGGCACAAAAAUUAUUAGUGGAGGAUGCGAAGGACAGGUUCGAGUUUGGGCCUUAGAACCAAGCAGUCAAAAAUUGAUAAAAGUUUUAAAAGAACAUAAAGGUCCAAUUACUGCCAUUGAUAUAAAUAAGCACAAUACAGAAGCCGUAAGUUCUUCAAGUGAUGGAGCUUGUAUUAUUUGGGAUCUUGUACGAAUGUGUCGGAAACAAAUACUUUUACGCAACACACUAUUUAUGAGUGUUAAAUAUUAUCCAACUGGCGUACAAAUUUUAACGAGUGGAUCUGAUCGUAAAGUUGCUUAUUGGGAAGUAUUCGAUGGUUGUUUAAUCCGUGAAUUAGAAGGUUCUAUAUCAGAAUCAUUAAAUGCGUUGGAUAUUAGCCCAGAUGGUUCGAUGUUUUUGACUGGUGGUAAUGAUCAAAUUCUAAAACUAUGGAAAUACAAUGAAGGUUAUACAACACAUGUUGGUCUUGGACAUUCAGGUGUUAUCAGUUCGGUUAAAUUUAGUCCAAAUGGUAAAUAUAUUGUAUCAACCAGUGGGUCUGGUGAUAUAUUUAUAUGGAAUUGUCCAUUUGAUGUAUCUGCUAAAGAAGGGCCAGAAUCAGGUGAUAAUAAUGCUAAUGGAGUGAAAAAUAAUGGUUCCGGCACAACCGUGAAAAGAAAUUUACAGCAGAAAAAACUUACGAAAGUUACUCCACCAGAGGAUAUUCAAAAUAUUAAUACUAAUCCCGGUGAUAAAGAAGGAAUACAAGUUGAAGUGCAACAAAAUGACGUUGGAAAUGCGAAAAAUUAA